AUGGAUGGUAAUGAUAUGUUUGCAGUGUUUGACACUCCUUCACAAUCAUCUUCAAAGUAUAACAAGAGGAAUAGAGAUAACAACAACAACAAUGAUAAUGAUGAGAAAGAGAAUGGAAAGUGGAUAAAGCCAAGAGAUGAUAAUAAUAAUAAUAAUAAUAAUAAGAUGGCAGAGGCUAAAGAGGUCAAUGUAGCAGCAUUGGAUAAUGAGAUACAACAGUCAAAGAAGAAGAUGAGAACAGAUGCACCAGGUAGACAAGCUGAUAUAUCAGUAGAUGCUAGUAAACCAGAUGAAACAUUGAAGCAACUUAGACAACAACAGCAACAACAAGAGAAUGAGGAUACUACUAUGACAUCAACAACAUCGACAUCGACUACAUCUACAGGAUCAUUCACAUUGCCAAAGACUUGUACACAUGAUGUUGCACUCCCACCCGACUAUGUAGACAAUGAUCCCGAACUGUUCAACCCUAAGGAUCCAGUCAAGCCCGCGCGUACCUAUCCAUUCAAGCUGGAUCCAUUCCAGGCCACAUCCGUAGCAUGCAUCGAGCGCAAAGAGUCCGUCCUAGUAUCCGCUCAUACAUCCGCAGGAAAGACAGUCGUAGCAGAGUAUUCAAUUGCAGUAGCAUUGAGAGAGGGACAGCGUGUGAUUUAUACAUCGCCAAUCAAGGCGCUGAGUAAUCAGAAGUAUCGUGACCUGCAGGAGACAUUCCAGGAUGUGGGUCUGAUGACAGGUGAUAUCACAAUCAAUCCAAACGCGUCGUGUCUGGUCAUGACAACAGAGAUUCUUAGAUCGAUGCUCUACAGAGGCUCGGAGCUGAUGCGUGAGGUGGCCUGGGUCAUCUUUGAUGAGAUCCAUUACCUGCGUGACAAGGAGCGUGGUGUCGUCUGGGAGGAGACAAUCAUCCUGCUGCCAGACAGCGUGCGCUUCGUAUUCUUGUCGGCCACCAUCCCCAACGCCAAAGAGUUUGCCGCGUGGAUCGCCAAGAUCCACAGCCAGCCCUGCCACAUUGUCUACACCGAGUACCGUCCCAUCCCGCUGCAGCACUACAUCUUCCCGUCGGGCGGCGACGGCCUGCAUCUGGUGGUCGACGAGAAGGGCACGUUCAAGGAGGAGAACUUCCUCAAGUCGUUGUCCAACCUGCAACAGAACGAGCUGGGUCGCAAGCGCAAGAUGCAGAAGGGCACACAGUCCGACUGCUACAAGAUCGUCAAGAUGAUCAUGGAGCGCAACUACCAGCCCGUCAUUGUGUUCUCGUUCAGCAAGAAGGACUGCGAGUUCUACGCGCUGCAGAUGUCCAAGCUGGACUUCAACUCGGACGAGGAGAAGAAAGCUAUCGACACGAUCUUCUCCAACGCCAUCGACUCGCUUUCCGAGAGCGACAAGAACCUCACCGCCGUGGUCAACAUCCUGCCGCUGCUCAAGCGUGGCAUUGGUAUCCAUCAUGCCGGUCUGCUGCCCAUCCUCAAGGAGAUCAUUGAGAUUCUCUUCCAGUACGGCUACAUCAAGGCUCUCUUUGCCACCGAGACCUUCUCCAUCGGUCUUAACAUGCCUGCCAAGACAGUGAUCUUUACCAACGUGCGCAAGUUUGAUGGAGAGUCCCAGCGAUGGAUCACUGGAGGCGAGUACAUUCAGAUGUCUGGACGUGCCGGACGUCGUGGUCUGGACGAGCGUGGUAUCGUCAUCCUGAUGGUCGAUGAGAAGAUGGAGCCUGCCGUCGCCAAGGGCAUGGUCAAGGGUCAGGCCGACCGACUCACAUCGUCAUUCUGGAUCGGAUACUCAAUGUUGCUCAACAUGAUGAAGGUCGAGGACAUUGACCCCGAGGCAUUGCUCAAGCGAUCAUUCCAUCAAUAUCAACAAGAGUCAUUGAUACCUCAACUCAAACAAAAGAUCGAAGACUUGGAAGCAGAGAAGCAAUUGAUUGUGAUCAAGGAUGAGUCAGCAGUCAAUGAAUACUUGAACUUGAAGAUACAGCUGAACAAACUGAGGGAUGGAAUGCGCGACUUUAUCAACCAGCCAUCAUAUGUGCAACCUUAUCUCCAGGCAGGUCGAAUCGUCAAGGUGCGUGAGGACUCUGUUGAUUGGGGCUACGGAGUGGUGCUCAACUUCCACAAGCGACCAAUCAAACAACAAGGCAUCUCAGAUCAAUCAUUCGAGAUCGUGGCUGACAUGCUGCUAAACACAGACGCCACACACACAUCAGCGCCAAGACCCUGCCCAACUGGCGGCCAGGGCGAGCCACAGAUCAUCCCCGUCUCAAUCAAGCUGUUUGAUGGCAUCACAUCAGUGUGUCUCAACAUCAAGAAGGAUCUGAUGCCCAACGAACUCAAGACUCAUGUGUACAAGAUGCUCAAGGAGGCCGACAAUAGAUUCCGUAAGGAGGGUGGACUCCCAUUGAUCGACCCCAUCGAGGACAUGAGGAUCACAGACCCCAACUUCAAGAAACUGAUCAGAAAGAUCGAGACACUCGAGUCUCGCUACGUGGCCAUGCCCAUCUUCAAGGAGGCCGACGUUGAGCAGCGCACUGAACUCCUCCAGAAGAAGCUGGACAUCGACAAGGAGGCCAAGGCACUGAAAAAGAAGAUCAGAGAGGGCGACGAGGUCAUCCUGAAGGACGACCUGCGCUCCAUGAAGAGAAUCCUCAAGCGUUUGGACUACAUCAAUGGCGACGACGUCGUUCAGGUCAAGGGCAGAGUGGCCAGCGAGAUCUCAGCAGGUGACGAGUUGGUCAUCAGUGAGCUCUUGUUCAUGGGCCUCUUCAACGACAUGACCAGCGAGCAGUGUGUUGCCGUGCUCAGUGUGUUUGUGUUCCCACCCGAGGGUUCUGCCGACAUCAACAACGUCAAGAUGAAGCCAGAGCUGGCACCCUUCUUCAGAAGUAUUCAAGACACUGCCAGAAGGAUCGUGCAGGUAUCACAGGAGUGCAAGCUCACCAUCGAUGAGAAGGAGUACCUGAACAAGUUCAACCCAUCGUUCAUGGACACAUCGUUCGCCUGGGCCAACGGUGCAACAUUCGCCGAGAUCUGCAAGAUGACCGAGACAUUCGAAGGAAACCUCAUCAGAGCCAUUAGGCGACUGGACGAGCUUCUCAGACAAAUGGUAGUAGCUUCAAAGUCGAUUGGAAACACUGAUCUGGAGGUCAAGUUCUCGAAUGCCAUCGUCAAGAUCAAGAGAGACAUUCCAUUCGCUGGCUCUCUCUACUUGUGA